GAGGGGCCGGGCCGGGCCCCGGAGGCGGCUGCGGGCGGCGCCGGGACCGAUGGGGGUCGGGGCCGAGGAGCCGGGAGAUGGCGGAUGAGGCUGUGGGAGCCAGCAGUGCUGGGGAGUUCAAAGCCAGCGCAGAGCAGCCCCUGCUGAUGCCCAAAUGAGGAAGCAGUGCCAUUUAGUUCUCCUGGGACACCACAAAGCAAUAUGAAACCUGCUCAUGAGAGAAGCCAGGAAUGCCUUCCCCCAAAGAAACGAGACCUUCCUGUCACCAGUGAGGAUGUGGGGAGGGUAGCCAGCUGCUCUACCAAUCACACGCCAGUGAGCGCUACCCCAGAGUGGUGCAGGAGCGUGGUGGUGACUGGGCAGAGCCAAGCACCAUUACAAUACAGCCUUGGCAGUGAUGGUGAUCAAGCAGUAGCUGGCCUGACUGUGGAUCAAUAUGGCAUGUUAUACAAAGUGUCUGUGCCUCCAGCUUCCUUCUCUCCCACUGGCCUCCACCCAGUUGUGAACAUGAGUCCUCUGCCCCCUAGCUUUAAUGUAACCUCUUCCCUGAUUCAGCAUCCAGGGAUUCCAUAUCCCCCCAUCCACUAUGCUCAGAUUCCCUCUACGUCUCUUCAGUUUAUAGGGUCACAUUACACAGUGCCCUAUGCUGUGCCCCCCAGCUUCCUCCCUAGUCCUCUUCUAUCACCUUCUACCAACCUCACCACCUCUCAUGUUCCCCGUUUUGUGCCAUAUGCCUCUGUUUUUACAGAAGACGUCACUCCUUCCUCCCAGACUACCACUCCUUCCCAUGCUUUCAGCAAAGCUGCCACUGUCAUCUCCCCUUCAGGCCAAAUGCAGCACCAUGCUGGAGUCCAGCCAUUGGACAUCACACAGAGUAGAGUUCCUGUCUAUUACCAGAUGUCUCGGCUCCCACCGGGCUAUUCAGCAUAUGAGACCUCCACUGUAGGAGGAAGCCCAGAUCCUCCUCUGCAAGAAAGCCAACUGAGUUCAGAGGUAGCCUCUGCCAAUGGUGGACAGAGACAUCUGGAGCAUAGUGUGGUGAGGAGGGCCGGUGAGGCUUUGGCCUCUGCCAGCAAUAAAGCUGAAGGCCCGCAGCCGGGGGCUGCAGUGCAGUGUGUGGUGGAUGGACAGCUCUUUUCAGGUGAUCAGACUCUGAGAACAGAGGACUCUGUACCGGCUCACAGGAGCACGCCGGACACUGACUUGGAGGUGCAGAGAGUGGUUGGGGUGUUGGCUUCUCAGGAUUACUCGAUUCUGGCAGCCCAGAGAAAGGGUGGCCUGAGCCCAUUAAACCUUUGCCAUCAUAUCCCUGAUCAGCAGGGGGACUCCAGGGGCUUACUGAGGAACCCAGUGGAAACAGCUGAGAAAAACCAGGCCAGGAGUCCAUAUGUGAUGUCCCCUGAGGAGCUGGUUAGACACAGACAGUUACCCAAAGGAAUGGUGGUAGCCAAUGGCAAGCCAGUCUUGGUGCGUAUUGGGUCUGAGCCCAUCAGGUCUUCUGCUUCAGAAAUCCUGAUGAGACAGAGUCCAGAUGCACAGACCCGUGGAAGCUCACGUGACAAGGACUCAACCCAGUUGCAUCCCCCUAGCUCCUCACAUCUGCCCUCCCAUUUCAUGAAAGGAGCCAUCAUACAGCUGGCCACAGGGGAGCUGAAGAAGGUGGAAGACCUGCAGACCCAGGACUUUGUCCGGAGUGCUGAGGUUAGCGGGGGCCUGAAGAUUGACUCCAGCACGGUGGUGAAUAUCCAGGAGAGCCAGUGGCCUGGGUUUGUCACAUUGCAUUUUGUGGUUGGGGAGCAGCAGAGUAAAGUGAGCAUUGACGUACCCCCUGAGCAUCCCUUCUUCGUGUAUGGCCAGGGCUGGUCGUCCUGUAGCCCAGGGCGGACCGCUCAGCUCUUUGCUCUGCCCUGUCACAGGCUGCAGGUGGGCGAUGUCUGCAUAUCAAUCAGUUUACAGAGCUUGAAUGGCAACUCUGCUUCUCAGGCUAACUGCCCUCUUGCAGACCAGCUGGUGACCAGAGAGAGGCCUGAGAGAACAGGUCAGGGACCCAGAGAGCCAUCUGACAGAGCCAGUGAGAGGAAGAAUCAGACAGAAAGGGACAGUGCAGCCCAGAUUUCCUGUGCAGAGUCCUCCCAGCCUGACCCUGGUGCUCAGCACUGCUGGACAGCCCCAGGCUUCCAAAGAUACAGCUUGCAGGGGGAGGAGUCUCAUCCAUCCCUGCUUCGUCCCUCUUUCAUUCCACAGGAGGUCAAGCUGUCCAUCGAAGGGCGUUCUAAUGCAGGGAAGUGAUCUCUUUGAGGCCACGACCUGGGAUGUCACCCAUGAGUGAGCCUCGCUUUUUUCAGGUGGAGAAUUUGCACAGAUUGAGUGGUGGGUUCACCAGCCCAGCUGCUCUUUGCCGUGCAGAGCUGGAUUUGUUCCGGUUCAGUUGUUGAUCAUUGAGGAAUCUAGAGGGCUCCAGUCCUCAGGGAGCAGAAGCAAUGGGCUAACUAAGGAUGGAGGACAGGGGAUGUGGUUGUGAUCGUGUGACUAGAAGCAUUCCAGAGGUUGGGACUUUCACACAUCUGUCUUAGUGCCCGAGUUUCCUGCAGGGCAGGGUCUGAGCAUUCAGGAUGGGUGGGGGAGUCAAGAAGAGCAGACCCAAAAAGCCACAGCUUACGGUAGCAGAUAAAAUGUCUGAAGUUCUUAUUCCUCUUUUUGUGGUGGGAAGGGGGUGAGUCCUCACUGGGAUUCAGGGGACACUGCUCUCAGCACCCCCUUUCUUCACACAUGCACUUUAAAAGGAAACUUCUUCACAAAUGGAGCUGUUUGUGACGUGGGGGUGGAGAUGCAGGUGCUGCUGUGGUGGCCUCUACUUGAUGUCUCCCCUCCACUGAAUCCUAUUGGGCUUUCUUCUAGCAAAGCAUCUGUAGAAAGAGACUGCAGUGAAUAUUAGAAAUUGGAGAGGAAGGUCUUAGAGGAUGGGUAGGGAGUGAUUGAACAGGGAACUGGGGAAGGGCCUACAGCAGCUGGAAUAGGGCAUGAGUCGUAGUUGGUUCCCCACUAUACAGAUACCUAUGUAAUUAUUUGUCACCAAAGCUAAGUCUAAUUAUAGCAUAUCCUAGUGGUAAUUGCUGUAAUAAAGGUGAUAUGAAGACUGCAUUUUAAAGCUUUCUUCACAUGGUCAUAACUUUCUUAAAAAAAAUCUCCUUUGGGGCUUAAACUUUCCAUUCUUGGAUUCAGAGUAGCUGAAUUUUUGGGAGGAAAACUGAGCCAAAUGCUUUUAAGUUGCUCUUUAGAUGAGGAUGAAAAUGUAUUCUUCCACUGUGAAAAGACUGACACCUGUGUGCAUCAAUAAAUCAAAAUUGGCUGAACUACUCCAGACAAAAACUUUCCAGGUGGCUAAUUGCUCCUUCCAGGGUAAUUUGUUUAAAUAUAACAACUAUAAACGAGAAAAAUGUGUGUGCAGGCACGAUACAAAAUUUCUACUAAGUUCAGAGUCUACUGAUCACAGGACUAUGGAAUAACACACGCAAUAUCUUUGGGCAGUUUUGUAGGUGUCCUUUUACACUAGAUGCUCUGGUGUUUCACUGUGGAGUUCCACUGCAGAACUACACAGUGAAAUUGAGAGAUGAGUCUUUUUCUUAAACAAUGACGUGUAGAACAGUUUAAUACAUUAUCAUGGUAAUAACACUCCGUCCAAGUGAAAAUACUUAUAUUCACACUAACUUGCUCACUCUGGACAUUCUUAGUAUCAAGUCACCUCUGACUGCACAAGCAGAAAUCCAGAAUAGGCCAAGCAGUGGUGAGAAUGAGAGAACCUUCAUUUUGGCAUAUCCUGACUUUUAAGUAUUCCUCCUUGUAUUACAGUCAACAGUUUUUGUAUUCAGAACAUGCCUGCGUAGAGGUGUUAGUAUCUUUGAGGAGUGCAUGCACCUCAAGCUUCGAGCUGGGUUCCUGAUGGUGUCUCACUCCAGUUCUGUUUCGCAUCUUCUUGCUUUCUCUUCCUCUUGUUUUUUUCCUCAGUUUCCAUCUUCCCAAACACUGCUCCCUGGAGUGCUUGGCUGUUGGGCGCUAUUUUUAUUCCGUCUCUCUGAGUUGCUUGGGUAUCAAUGCCUCCAGCUGGUGAACAGUCUCUGCACCUUUUAUCUUCCUCCACAACCUUUAUUGUUCAGCUCAGCUUGCAGUAGUUGUGACUCCUAACAGAUCAGUGUUUGUCCACAUUCCCCUUGACGUGCCUCCUAACCGAGUUGGCACUGGUGUAUAUGCACUAUGUGGGAACACUUCCCUUCACCUGGCACAUCUACCUGACUCUCUAGUGCCGGGAUCCCCAGAACACUUUUGGCAGUUUAUCCUAUCGCCACCGUUGAAAUGUCUGCACUUGUCUCUCCCCCCAAGGCAAACAGGUACUUUCCCUGUCUUGCUCGUGGAUUGCUCUGAUGUAGCCUCACCAGGUCUCUUCCAGAGCAGAGAUUCUAGCUGCCUUCACUUUUCUCUGGGCUCUGGAUGCAUGAUCUGCAGCUCCCUCUGCAAUAAGCAAUUUCUAGUUAGUCCCAUUAGUAAAUUUGAAAGACUAAAACCAAAAUGACAGUUUCUUCCUAGGAAACUUUGGCCUCCCUUGGUUGCAGCAGCAGAGAGGAGAGAUGUUUGCACAGCACCUUUUGGCUAUAAACAGAUUGGCCAAGCUCUAGGUGCUUGGCCUCUCAUCACACCUUUUCCCUUCUGUUUCACCUACUUGCUGCUUGCUUGACUCUCCCGCAUGAAGAUCUUGGUUGUUACACUGGCUUGUCCUGAGUAGCCAGCACGCUGGAUGUAGGCACAGGGCAAAGGAGCCAAGGGGUCGUUUUCUGUAGUGGGUUGAUAGGUGAGUAGAAGGUUAUGGCAGGUACACAUGCAUCUUGGAGUAGAAAUGUAAGGGGGCUGGUUGUGUGCAUGGAGGGAGAUUACUUGAGCAGUUGAAUGGUGCAGACCCCUGCCAUGUGCCUCCCUAAAUACAGGAGACUCUUUGUCACUCUUAGAAAGGGGUUUUGAAGAGUCUGCUUCAUAGUGGGGGAUGUUACUGCGCCUGCCCCCUUCACUGUACUCUCUCAGCCAGCUAAAAUGGUAGGUGCAGAUGCCUUCCAAGCCAUCUACAGCUAGGCUAAAGUGUAACUUCUGUGCUCCCCACAGUUUGCUCUGUCACCUUUCUCCACCUGUCUACCAGUCUGUCCUGCUGCCUGUUUGCAUAUCUCUGGUAAGCAGUGCUGAUGUCUGCUCAAUGGAGGAAGCCAGCAGGAGUGAGACCUUUCUCAGUGCUUUUCCUCUUCUCUCCCUCUGAAUAAUCCCACAGUUCAGCAAGUAAGUUCCAGCUGUCACUCUUCUAUUCGGGGCCCUUCCAGCAGCACCAAGACUACAUCCAAAGGGUAGUACCAAAUGAAGGAUGUAGGACACUGCACCCUUGCCCCAGAGGCAGGUAACAGAAAUGGAGCACAGAAGCUGCCAGGUCCCCCAACAGUCAGCAGAAUCUCCCCUAGCUUGUUAUGGGAUGCUUUAGUGGUAGUUUGUGUGUUGGCUGGUCUCAGGAAAGUCUGGAGGUAGUAAGUGGGGGAGAAGCUGAGAUGAGUGACUGUGGGAGCCCAAGAAAGAGCCUGCUGGGGUUCUCUGGUUUGCAAGAAAGGAUGAUCUGAAAAAGGGUCCAGAAUGAGCUGUCCACAGGGGCUUCUGUGUUGGCAAGGGUGAGGAUAGACUUACCAGAGCAAUACGGUGUUCCUGCUGUUACACUACAGAGGGAAGGAGAGCUGCUGGCCUCAGCCUCACCCAGUGUAGGUGGUCUGGCCAGGGUGCUGGGGUCUUCAGGCACAUCUUCCCUGCCAGGCUCACGGUGGGGCUUUGGGAAGAUUCUAUAAUAUGCAAUAAUGGGGAUCUGCAGCCAUCUGUUCCAUCUCCUGAAACAUUCCAGGGGACAGCUGCCCAGCAGAGGCCGGGCUGGCAGCUAGGGUGUAUGCUGUUUCCCCAGGAACAGGGGACUAGGUCUGAGUGGUAGAGCUCCCAUUACUCCCAGACUAUGCAGAUGAAGCCCUGGCUAGAAAGGAGGAGUGCUGCAGGGGGAGCUCUGCCAGCCCUUCCUAGCAGGGGCACUAGUAAAAUGCACUUUUCACAUUAAGUGUUUGUUCCAUUUCAUACCCUUCUUUCCCCUGAAAAGAAGUAAAAAUCCCUAUAACUUAGCAAAUGUUCUGUUGGUUAACCACAGCAGCUCAAGGAGCCAGAACACCAGUUCCUGCCUGCAGCAGCGCAUGUGCCUUUCCCCAGUGUCAAACUCACAACCACUCUGUCUUUUGGGCUGUUCUUGGGCCUGAAAUUUUGCAGAGGAAGCUGCUAAAAUGGCUCUGAAUGCGCAUUCUGUACAGGGAGUCUGAACCAGGGUGUGCUCUUAGUGCCGUGAAUGUGCUGAUGGUGGAGACCCCUCUGCUGCAUUUAUAUCUGUGCGCUUUGAGGGGUGAGGCCUGCAUGGCUAGCCCCUAGCAUCCUUCCCAGGCAUGCUAGACCCCUCCAGACAGACAGUGUACAUGCUAUGUUCUCUCCACUUGCAUAGCACCUUAGUCAGGGGAAGGACUGUUGCAUACAAAUGGCUUCGGGGUCUCAAGAAGUAGGGAAGUGCCACGCUGGGAAAAUGGGCCGGGCUGACCCACAGCUGGGUGGUCUUGUAGAUAAGUACUCAACCCUCAACUAUAAUCCCCAGUUAUGUAAUGGCUGUACUGACAUGUAACCAACUGCAUUGUAUCUAAAGCCUUAGAAAUAGUCAGGUGCUGCCCUCCAACCUUGUCCCAGUCCCUCUCUUCCUACCUGAUCUUUAACAAAGCAUUAAUAAUUCUAAGGAUAAUCUCUAUUUUGUUGUGCUUUUUUUGUAACUGUUUUAAAUAAAUCAAUUUGUACUGUAUAUUUGUACUUUUGGUGAGAUCCUUUCCUGUUUUACCAUUUUCAGUCUGUACUUGGCUACACACAGAUUGUAUUUUUAUUGUUAAUGCUCUUCUUAUGAAUAUUGCAUUUAACUUGUUGACUAUGUAAACACAGUAUAUAUCUAUAUAUCUAUAUCUAUAUAUAAACCAAUAGUUUUUCCUUC